AUGGGUAAGGACGCAGUCAAGGAGAAGGUGGCGACGACCAAGAAGCGAACGAUCGCCGAGAAGGAGGAGAAUGAAGACGUCGGAACGGUGGUGAAGAAGGAGGAACCUGAGAAGAAGAAGAGGAAGACGUCGAAGAAGGACGACACCUCGACGGACAAGAAGAAGAAGUCCAAGAAGUCCAAGGACGAGGGAAAGGCCAAGGAGGAUGAGAUGGAGGUGAUUCAGAAAGAAACCGAAGAAGAGGGAGAGGAGACAAAGCCCGACGAGGACAGCGAGGGCGACUACACAUGGGACGACGUGGCCGAGAAGGAAAAGGAGAAGGAGGAGCCGCUGCCAGAGGGCGCUAAGCCGUUCUCCGACUUCCGCAUCUCGCCCACCACCGUCAAGCUGCUGCAGGACCGUGGCUUCAAGUGCCUGUUCGCCAUCCAGGCGCAGACCUACGAUCACAUCUACGACGGCAAGGACAUCAUCGGCCGCGCCCGCACCGGCAGCGGCAAGACCCUCUCGUUCGUGCUGCCCGUCGUCGAGAAGAUCUUCAUCGACAUGGCCGGCAAGCCCCGCUCCACCUACGGCCGCCCGCCCAAGGUGGUGUGCCUGUCGCCCACCCGCGAGCUCGCCCGCCAGAUCGCCAAGGAGUUCGACCUGGUGGCGCCCAGCCUCAAGGCCGUCUGCGUCUACGGCGGUGCGCCCUACACGCCCCAGGAGAACGCCCUCAAGCGCGGCGUCGACAUCGUCAUCGGCACGCCCGGCCGCGUGAUCGACAUGCUCGACCGCAACUGCCUCAAGCUCACCGACGUCAAGUACGUCAUCCUCGACGAGGCCGACGAGAUGCUCAACAUCGGCUUUGCCGACGCCGUCGACAAGAUCCUGGCCUCGGCGCCCAAGCCCGACGAGAGGCAGACCCUGCUCUUCUCCGCCACCAUUCCCCCGUGGGUGCAGGGCAUCGCCCAGAAGCACAUGCGCCCCUCGAACCUGAUCACCGUCGAUCUGGUCGGCAACAGCAAGCUCAAGGCCGCCCUGACCGUGCGCCACCUGGCCAUCUGCUGCCCGCCGCCCGUGCGCAUCUCCACCAUGGCCGACGUCGUCAAGGUCUACGCCGGCACCGGACGGACCAUCGUCUUCGCCAACACCAAGGCCGAGGUCAACGAGCUCGCCAUGAAGUCUUCCAUUUCCAAUGUGUGCCAAGUGCUCCACGGCGACAUUGCCCAGAAGCAGAGGGAGAUCACGCUCCAGGGCUUCCGCGAGGGUCGGUUCUCGUGCCUGGUGGCCACCGACGUGGCCGCGAGGGGUCUCGACAUCGACGACGUCGACCUGGUCAUCCAGACGCAGGCCCCCAAGGACAAGGAGACCUACAUUCACAGGAGCGGCCGAACCGGUCGCGCCGGCAAGUCGGGCAUCUGCGUGACCUUCUUCACGCGACGGGACGUGCGCGACGGCAACCUCAAGUGGCUCGAGUCGGCGGUGGGCGCCAAGUUCGAGCUCAUCGGCACGCCGCAGCAGCCUGAUCUCAUCCGAGUCGCCACCGACGCCGUCGAGGAGAAGCUCGAGCACGUGCACGACGAAAUGAUCAAGGCCUUCCUGCCCUCGGCCGAGAAGCUCAUCCAGGAGAAGGGCGAGAACGAGGCCCUGGCCGCCGCGCUGGCCGUCAUCUCGGGCUACACCCAGCCCCUCCAGAAGCGAUCGCUCCUCUCCUCCACCGAGGGCUACUCCACCGUCCUUCUCAAGAACUCGCUCCCCAUCCGCGGCGUCGGCUGGGUCUUCAUGAUCAUCAAGAAGUUCCUCGGCGACGAGAUCGAGGGCCAGGUCAAGGACAUCGAGUUCUGCCAGGACGAGCACUGCGCCGUGGCCGAGCUCCCGCAGGCCCUGGCCGUCAAGCUGGUCGAAUCGCGCGGCAUCCCCAACGGCCUCGAGAUCACCAUCCCCAACGAGAUCCCUCCGCUCAAGGAGAACCAGCGCGCCGGCGGCGGGGGCCGAGGCGGCGGCUACGGCGGCGGCUACGGCGGCGGACGAGGCGGGCGAAGUGGCGGAUACGGCGGCGGACGAGGAGGCGGACGGUCGUACGGUGGUGGAGGCGGCUACGGCGGUGGCGGUCGCAGCUAUGGCGGCGGCGGUCGUGGUGGCGGCGGCUAUGGUGGUGGUCGGGGUGGUGGCUUCCGAGGCGGCAGGCGCUGA